CGGCUUCAAAGUACCGGAGUCGGCUACAGAAGGUACCCAAAGUAUGUCCAACUGGUAAGGAAGGUACAUGAGAAGUGCGCGAGCAGGUACGUGUCCGCCUCGCAGCCGCAGUCGGGACGGCACUUGGACUCGUUGUUUAUGAAAAACAAUCACAACCACCCAUCUGGCCAACCAUCGACGCCAGCUAGGUCUUCCACCAAUUCCUCUCACUGCUAACCCGCCAACAACCCAACACCUGUCCCCCUCCCCAGGCUCGCAGUGAACAGCAGCGAACGCGCAUUGCUCAUCACCGCAAUAGUAUCAAUGGGGUUCUGAUACUAUCGCGAGAUCGCACAGGCUCGACUUGGUCCGCUCCCUACGUCUGCCCCGUCGAAGCCCAGUUCGGCAUAUCCGCUGCCGCCAUAUUCAUCGUGGACUCUUCUCUCCCACCGUUGCCCCUCGUUUGCGUUGCCUCUUUCCCAGGCCUUCCGUUCCCCUCCAGCUUUUAGUGCUGCGUAAACAAUAAUUGGGGCACGGCCAUUCACUGUUGCGGGCAACUGUUUUUUUUUUUCCAGUUAGGUCCAUCACCGCUGGGGAAACGUCACAUCCAUCUGUUCCUCCCUCCUCUUCGUCUUCCCUGACCCAACCCCGUCUCGGGAAUUACACGUCUUCGAGGAUGGACAACUAUCAGAAGCUCGAGAAGAUCGGUGAAGGCACCUAUGGCGUCGUCUACAAGGCGCGGGACCUCGCCCACGGCGGUCGCAUCGUUGCCCUGAAGAAGAUUCGCCUCGAGUCCGACGACGAAGGUGUACCCAGCACGGCCAUCCGUGAGAUUUCCCUCCUCAAGGAGAUGCGCGAUCCCAACAUCGUCCGACUGUUUAACAUCGUCCACGCUGAAGGCCAUAAGCUGUAUCUCGUUUUCGAGUUCCUCGACCUAGAUCUCAAGAAAUACAUGGAAGCUCUCCCCGUCAGCGACGGCGGCCGCGGCAAAGCAUUGCCCGAGGGCACCGGCCCGGAGUUGGGACGGCUCGGACUCGGUACCAGCAUGGUCCGAAAGUUCAUGAAUCAGCUUUGCGAUGGCGUUCGAUACUGCCAUAGCCACCGCAUUUUGCACCGAGACCUCAAGCCCCAGAACCUGCUGAUCGACCGCGAUGGGAAUCUGAAGCUGGCUGAUUUCGGUUUGGCCCGUGCCUUUGGUGUCCCACUUAGGACUUACACCCACGAGGUUGUUACGCUCUGGUAUCGAGCCCCGGAGAUUUUGCUUGGUGGUCGACAGUACUCCACCGGUGUCGACAUGUGGUCCAUAGGAUGCAUCUUUGCCGAGAUGUGCACCCGAAAGCCACUGUUCCCAGGUGACUCGGAGAUUGACCAGAUCUUCAAGACGUUCCGUCUGUUGGGCACCCCUACCGAGGAGGUCUGGCCCGGUGUUACCUCUUACCCCGAUUUCAAGCCAUCCUUCCCGAAGUGGAUUCGCGAUUCCUCUCAGACCCUAUGCACAAACCUCGACGAAGCUGGCCUCGAUCUCCUAGAGGCCUUGCUCGUGUACGACCCUGCCGGCCGAAUCUCCGCGAAACAAGCAUGCUACCACCCCUACUUCAAGGAGCUUCAUCGCCAGCAAGCCCGCAACGCCGGCUACGCCUAAGGUAUAUCGUCCAAGGCAUAGAAUACGAUAUAUGAUAUCCAGAGAGCAAGUAUCAUGCUUACGAUAAGCACCCAUCAUCGCUCUCGCCAUUCAGGAUACGAGGACCUAGGCGUUGAGACCCCAACGGGAAGACUUCGUACGCAGUACAACACAGCAUCAUCGUAUCAUUAAAAAGACGUUUCUACCGGGGGAUCCCCAUAAACACGGCAUCCUAUGCGGGUUGCUCGUAGGAGAGGGAGGCUCUAGCUAGCUUCCUUAAUGUCUAGAAAACAUGUGGAAGUAAUGACUUUACAGAGCGUUAGGAGGAGGGGUUCACAAGGGGCGCGAGAGAGGAUUCAUGAGGGGAACAGGACUUGCGUACGAGACAGCACGUUUCCUUUUUCUUUUCCUCCCCAGGGCUGCCCAGGCUUUCCCAGCCCCAGGGGUCACACAUAUCGUCAGGGGAGGGGUUCCCGUCCCGACUUGUGCACGCCGGCCCGGUAGUGCUACCAGCCGGUGCCCCUUUACGUUUUCUUUUUGUCUGGCUUCCCUUCUGUCCGUACUAGUCCCCCCCC